AGCUGGGCUCAAGUUCAGUGAUCUGAGUUGAUAGAAUCUUGGAAAGGUUUGUUACCCCCGCUUUGCGUGUUUUUUCAGCAUGGCUUGGUUUGCAGAGACUGUGGUGAAGGAGUACAAGGCAUGUGCGUGGCUAAGCGUCAUUCUCCUGUAUCUCAUGCCGAUUGUGUUCUUUCUCUGCAGGGCGUACAGCAUCCUACAUGAUGGGACCCCGGCAAUGCAAACCUCGAUGUCGGCAGAUUGGGGAAGCUUGCCGACAUUCCUGCUUUGCAGCCCGGAGGGGCAUCCCAAGCUCGCAAAGUGCAGUCUGGCAGGGGUCAUGCCUAUCAAUGAAUCCAUGUUGGCGGCGACUGCAACAAGCCCCCACGGCCAUGGAUGCAUUUUAUCCAAGGACAAAUCUGAACACGAACAAUUGAAAGGAAGAGAGGAGCUGGUACACAUCGCCUAUACGCACCUAGGCUCUCUAAAAUGUGUUCUGGUCAAUGCCACAACACUGCAGCCGGGUCUGUUAAAGAUUCCAUGCCUUUCCUGGUCUCGGACAAGCACAUGAAAGUACCACUUCAAACGCUUACAGCCUUCACUCCAGGCAACCAAGUGAUGAACUUUGUGAAGAAGAGGGAUGGCUCAAAACGCUUCUCAGGCAACCCCGAAUAUGAGAAUUUCACCUCCAAGAUCUUCUCUCCAUCUCUCUACUUGAGUGCUUUCUCCACACUUAUGUCUCCAGAGUUGAAGGACAUCUACAGCACUCAGCUUCAGUACGCAUAUCCUGACUUUGACUUGGAGGGCAUUGAAGCGCAGAACUUGAGCAAAUGGAGGCCAGCUGCACUCGCGAAACUCGCCAAGUACCCGCCCAAGCUUUUGUCCGCCCUCGAGCAGGGCGUGACAUAUCAAACGUACAAGGCCACAUUGAAAAUUCUCAAUGGCCAUGUGCUGGAAGAAGUGGAGAUCGGUCGCUACCCGCAGAUUUUCAUGUUGUUGGCUCGGCUGGGCGGGUACAUGUCAGUGCUCAGCGCAGUUCUGGGUCUUUGCUGGGUGCAGCGCUGGCCGGACAGCUCUGUGGCGAAGAUCUACAGGACAAGGACUUUCCUUUUGGCUGAGACACGCGGCCAGCCCGAUCAUGAGCUUCUGGCCACUGCAACACUCCCUGAGGCUGCGUAGACCCUCAGAAGUUGCUGUUUCCAAGAGAAGGCAGAGUCCGCUGACUGCGCUACUGUUUCAUACUGUUUCGUACUGUUUCCUCGCCAGACAGAUCUUCCCGAAGGGAAAGAACUUGAAGCAUCGCUUGACCUG